AUGGUUGACCAGCAAACACAUACGCUGACGCUCCUCCUGAGCGCUUGCAACGCAAAUGCUUUAGAAGAACAAAGAAAGAUUCUUCAACAGCCCAAAAUCAUUAGGGCGUUGGAGGAGAUGGGCCGAGAUACUGCAUCACUGAUUGUUCAUCGAGACUCCGACUCGAUAGUGACAGCUACAUCAGUAAGCUCUUCAAGAUGGUCGGUGCAGUUUGCAUUUGAUAGGGAGCUGUUCAUCACCAAAGUCUACGAGAAGUGGAUUCGAAAACUCGCAACGACACGGAGGACACAUAGUGCUACUAUCCAAGGCGAACAGCAACGACCCUCAGACCCCCAAGCCCCUCCACCCGCCCCACUAACAGAACAAGCUACGCUCACUCGCACACAGAGUGUCGCAUCCAGAGACUCAUCUAGGUCAUCUCAAAGCAUAGGCGAACGAAUUACUUCUUUGGGACGCACUGCUAUGAGCAUUGAGUUGAAACCUCUAAACCUCACCCGGCCCAGGAGUGAUUCAAAGCUUAAGGCUAGGGAAUCUCGGAGAAUCGAUCAGAAGUUGAAAGAUGACUCAGAGAGUGCCAACAGACAGAUCAAGGCAGUAAUUGUGGGCUCAGACACGAGAAAACAAGUGUUUGAAGGGAUAAGACGAUCCCGUUAUCGACCAGACUACUAUGAUAAGACCUAUUACCGUCUAAUAAUCUUCGAAAACGUUAUGGAGAGCUUGAAGUCCUUGAUUGCUUCACUGCGAUAUGGCCAAGCCCUCAAAGGAGGAGACCCCUUAUGGCAACACUUCGAGACUAUUUUGUCCUGCGAGGAAGACUUGAACCCGGAAACCGGUCCCGACCCUGAAUUCGCAAAAACGGUGGGCUUAGUCCUUGAACACCCAGCAACAAAGACCUUGAUGGAGAGGAGUGGCUUCGUUCUCCCUAACAAUGGCAAAUAUUUCUUAAAUGAAAUCGAUCGAAUCUUCUCUGAAGGAUAUUCACCAAGCGAUGAGGAUGCCAUACGCUGUAUAAUACCAACACCGCCACCUGGCUUCGUAGAAUGUCGGCUUGAAUUUGGAAAUAUUAGUGUCCGUCUAACUGACCUAGGUAGCCUAGCGGGUAAUGAAAAGGCGUUGUUCCCGCAACUUGAGGGCAAAAUUAUAAUCUUUGUUCUCGAUUUAGGAUCCUACUGUCGCACCCUGCCCAGUGACGAAGACGAACUUUUUGGCGAUACUGAACUUUCCGAGAUGAUGCUUCGAUUCGAAAAGGCUAUCAAUUCACCAUUUUUAAGGAACUCGGGGAUUAUUGUUGUUCUUAACAACGCCAAUGCCUUGAGGGAAAAGCUCUUGACGGAACCGCUUAGUCGAUGUUUUCCAGAAUACACAGGCGGAAACGACUAUCACAGGGUUUAUGACUACAUUGUUUCGAGGUUAAACCAGCUGAACCGGGCUUAUCUUCCCAUGCUCUUCCACCUUACCACUACGGUUUAUGAUGAAAGCUGUUAUCGUUUCUUACAAGCUGCCAUUAGAGAGAUGGAUAUGAGUGCCACCCUAAAGGCAUUAAACUUAGCAUAG